UCGUAAAGUUGAUUGUGAUGUGAUCGUGAGCGUUUCGUUUGUGUUUUCUCCUAGAAUUUUAAACUGCUUAACCGAUUUUACCCGUUAUAAACUAUUGUAACUUAGUUUUUCACGUUUUCCAUCUCUUGCGCUCUUGAUUUUACUUCAGAUUGAUUACCUUUCCUCAUUUCCAAGUGUUGUGCGAACUGUUUCUAACCGUCGAUUUCAAUGGUUUGUUGCCAUGAUGGAGGAUGAUGUGUUGUUAACUCCACCUUCAAUAUCCAAGCUUCAACACCGAAAUAGUAACAUCUUGUCUCCAAUGAGUCCAAGAAUUACCGAUAGCCCAAUGGAUGGCUGGAGGAUUAGACCCCACAAACUUUUCCAAGAUGAAGAAGAGAACGUUGAAAUUAGUCAGGGCAAUCAUCUCGAUUCCUCCGGUGUGAAAGUUAAUCUGUUCAGUGAUAAAUCCAUGGACCAUAGUCACUGCCCCAGUGUUAUAAUUGAUUGCGAUGGAAACGAAGAAGAUGACACCGCAGGUAGGAUUACACCGCCUACUCACAAAGCCAGUCUGGAUUUGUUUUCACCCCCGUACAAGCGCGUCAAGCACCUCAAACUUUUCGACUCGUCCACACCCAACAUGAAUUCAACACCAUCAAAGUAUCAUCCAUCCUACUUGAGACCUGUCGAUAGAAUUUGUAGCCGUCUACAAGUGUCCGGUGUUAAAUCGCUCAAUGGUUCCUUCACCAAUGUUACCCCGCUUCAUACUUCCAGAUCGAAACCAAUCGGUGAAGCAACUCCAGUAACGGUCAAUCCUUUCACUCCGGAAGGAAUGGUUCAGUCAUCUUUAAGGCGAGAAAGAAUGAAAUCAUUUAAUGUGUCGAAUGUUGGUCUUACCUCUGAUACAUCUGUGAAGAUGGACGAGGAACCUCUUGCAUCUCCAAUUUGUGAUAAAUUAUCUAAUUCUCUGAUUCAACUUGAAACAAGUAGAUAUCAUGAGGAAUUUUCCGAAGAGUGCCUGAUUGGAUCAGGUGAUUUUGGUGAAGUCUUCAAAUGUAUCAAUUUAAUUGAUGGAAUGGAAUAUGCUGUGAAAAGGACAAAUAAACCUGUCUCAGGAACAACGCAGGAGAGACUCGCAAGACGAGAGGUAUUUGCCCAUGCUGCCAUCGGUAGGAAUCCCUACAUCGUUGCGUAUUUCUCCUCCUGGUGUGAGCUGGGGCAUGUGUAUUUGCAAACGGAGUACUGCAACGGUGGUAAUCUAGAGCAACUCAUUGCAGAUACCACACACAAGUUUACAGAGAACGGCCUCAACAGGAUUUUAUUGCAUGUUUCCAAAGGAUUAAAACACAUACAUUCCAAAAAGUUGGCGCAUCUUGACAUCAAGCCUGCAAACAUUCUAAUUUGUCGAAACUCCAAUGCCAAUGUUUCAUCCGAUUCCUUUGAAGAUAUCGAUGAUGAUGAAGUGGAUAAUUUGUCUGUGGUUUACAAAAUUGGCGAUCUUGGACACGUCGCUGAACUGGAGGAUCCCAUUGAUGUAGAAGAUGGUGAUUGUCGUUACCUUCCGAGAGAAAUUUUACACAAUAAGUAUAAUAAUUUAGCUAAAGCGGAUAUCUUUGCCCUAGGUUUGACACUGUACGAAGCUGGUGGCGGUGGACCACUCCCAAAGAACGGGCCGCAAUGGCACAAUCUACGUGAUAACAAGUUACCGCCUUUACCUUCAUAUAGUCUAGAUUUCAACAAAUUAUUGAAGAGUAUGACAGAUUCAGAUCCAGAAAAACGACCCGAUACCACUAGUCUCCUUAAAUUGUUCCCGAAUGCAGCUGACCUGAGAAGUGAACUGACAUCAUGGAAAAUGAAGUCUGAAUUUUACGCGCAACGAAUGAAGAACACCACCAAAUGCAUCACCUCACUUCACAAGAAGCAACCGUACGAUGAAAUGGAUCCCUCCUCCUUCAUGAAGACACGAUCUAAAGCUGGACACACAAGGAUGGUAGGGAAGAAAUCCAAACGGUCUUAUAGUGUUCCUGACAUGUAGGUUCUCCAAUACAAUUUUGAAUUUUCGGUUGCUCCUAGAAUUAAUGGUGCCUUAAUCGUAAGAAAGUGAAACUCCGGACAGCGGUAUGUUCUGGAUAAUUUGGGUGUGUUCAGGUUGGUAGACUUGCUUUGAACUCUCCUACUUUAAUUGAUGGCUGUUUAAGAAACAAAUCGCUGAACAGCCUAAGGACCUGAAAUCGCUUAAUUUUCCUAUGGAAACUUUGCAGCUUGAAUAAGUAUAAUCAUAGCAGGGUUGCCACAGUCUGGAAAUACAGGGAAAUGUCCAAAAAAACGACGAAAGUGUCAAGAAAAUAUUGUUGAAUACCCCCUAUUUGCCUCCUAGAGUGGGUUGGACGUUUCAGAUAACAAAUUUUGUGUGGAGACUAUUUUGCAUUAGGUAUGUUUUUUCUAAACGAUCCUGCUUACCCUCAAAUGUCACCAAUUUCACCAAAACUUGUCCAGGGAAUCUGGCAAAUGGCAAGGAAUUUUAUUUAUUAAAUUCUGUGGCCACCCUACUGUGAAUUGAAUGAUAUUGCUAUUUAUAGGGUCACUCUGGAUUGUAAAUGGAUGAUUUUAUAUUUUAUGAUGGUUUUAUUUCUAGAGGUGGAGAGUCACUGUGUUCUCGUGGAAAUUGCAUGUUUUUAAUCCUUUAAUUUUUAUAAGCCAGCAUACCGUCUCGUAAUCAAAGAAAUUUUGUGAAUUGAUCUAAGAAAAUUUAUUCUCCUUUUUCCGUGAUGGGUAAAAAUUGAAAUCCAAGCAUGUUGCAACGUGACCGAGUGUUGUUUGAGUUUUCCAAGAAUUUUGAUGUAAUCCUUUAGUGAGCUUAAUUUCUCAGGUCUGUCCGGAAAGGAACUAGUUUGCCCUAAUCCUUCAGGCAAAUCUUACAACUUGCACAUUAUUUCAAUUCUGUUAGGGCAGAUAACGAUGUAUUAAGGAUUUUCUGGGCAUACCCUUAUUUCAAAAUACUUUUAAACUGGGAAUAUAAGACAGAAAUUUUCACAGUUAAAAGUAAAUAUCAGUUCAAAGUGUAUGUUGUCUGUCGUUGUUGAUUUUAAGGUCUCUAAAAAUCUUAAAUGGUCAAGAAAAUUGUAGUUCUCUCAAGAUGUUGCUAAAAUAUGUGAGCACAUUGCUAUCUACCAUGGCAAACUAUAGAAUUUCUGUUCACUUUUGGAUUUACCCUGAUUCUAUCGAACAGUUAGCCAGGGGUGCAGAAAGUUCCAUGCCUUUUGUCGUGAAGAUCAUGAUAAGAACAAAGCUUUUUUUCUCUUAAAAUAGGACUUUUCCCCCUUAGAAUCAAUGCCAAAACAUUGCUAAAAAACCGCAGCAAAUAGAAAAAAUUCUGAUAGCCGCUUCACUAUACUCACAAGGUCCCCCCCCCCCUCCAUUUUCUGCACCCCUACGUCUUGUGACUCCCUAGUCACAUUGCAGCUCGUUGUUUUUUCGUUCUUGCCCAUUAACAUUUCUUUAGCUGAAGUGUUCACACCAAGUUGAACAUUGAGACAUUACGGGAAUAGAAACAAGUUCAUUCUUUGUUCAUGUGUCGGUCGAUACUAUUCAAAUUAUUUUGUGCCUUGAAUCGGUGGUACCAAUUUCACUAUAGCGUUUUUAUAUAUAUUUAUGUCUAAAUGUGGUUUUCAAUGAAAUCUUACUAGAAUGAUGUCUUAUUAUCGGUUACUUUGUUGUUCUUUUAGCGUUUUACGUACUCUUAGUAUCAGUCUUAGAAACUUAAACAAUUUUGAAAAAAAAAGAAAGAAAGAAGAAAAAAAAUUAAUGUUCUCCACGAGCGCCCAGAUUUCCCUGGGUGUGAUAAUGUAUUAAUUUUUUAGGCUUUAUGCUCAUAAUUUGGAUCACUUUACAUUUGGACUACAUUUUGCAAUUUGGAACUAUGAAUUCUGGCCCAGUUUUAAAACAACGUAUGUGCCAUUAGUUUCCCUAUGCACAUAAGUGUUUUACCAGAAGAGCCAGAAUUUAUAGUUCCCAAUUGUAAAAUACAGUCCCCUUAUUCUUUUAUAUAAUUUUAGUGUCUGGCAAGUUGAAUUUUAAAUUUUAUGUUUUUCUCCGAUUGAAACCUGCCAGCCCUGAAAACUGUACUGUGUAGUUGAAACUGGAGGAUAGAUUACUGAAGUUGGCCUUUUGGCCUCCUAAAAUGAAAUUUUGAAUGGGAUGUUAAAACUAUUGGCGUUGUAUUUAAAGACGUUAAGAAGUUUCCAAAAACCAAGCUCAUUCCAAUAAUAGAAUGUCUUUUACGUUAUAAUGAUCGUGUACCAAUAGAUGAUGAUUAAAAAUUCAAAUCGUACUCAAAAUCUUCGACAACUCAGGAUUUUGUCUCUUCAAAAAAUUUUCAGCAGUAAAGUUUUUUUUUCCCCCCCUAAUAUUUCCGAAACUCACAAUCUACUGUGGUCUUCGUUGUUCUGAUUUUUUUUAAGGUAGAGUUUUGCCUUUUAGAAGAGCUUCAUUUUUAAAAAUAGCUGGCUUUUAUUCGUGCUCAAACAUACAUGUUGAAACUAAGCAGUGUCAAACUUAAAGAUUCAUUUAUAUAGUGAAGGCAAACAAAGAAACUCUCCUGAAAUAUUUUUUAAACUAUUGUAGGUUAAAAAAUGCAUAUCUCAUCAAUCGUCAGCAAUGAAAGAAUUAGGGCUUCUCUGAAAAUGAUGGUAACUCGAAAAUAUUUAUGUUGAGGAAAAAAGAAUAAAAUCAACAAUUUCAAUUUUAUUUUUGGGUAAUUUGUUGUUACUUUUCAAGUAAUUUUUUGACAAUCGAGGUUUUUAUAAACCUCUAUAGUAGCUAAAGUAUGCAUUUUUGGGAAUGCAAACUGUCUCGUUGGUUUCAAGAAGUGCUUGUUGCUUUGUUGGAACACCUCGCAUUUUAUUAGAAGUUAAAAAAUAUAACCCUAAUUUCAGUUCUCAUGCUGUUUUGGAAAUAAGUUUCGGAAUAGAAAGGGAAUAGAAAGUAGACUAAUGCCGUCUGUGUUGUCGCAUCAUCGAUUAUGUUGCCGAUAGUGAUGCUUUUUUUCUUGACAAUUGAAGCGUCCUUUUAAAUGCUUGUACGUAUAUUUCUAUGAAAAAUAUAAGUACGCAAUGGGUUUUUUAGUGUCCAAAAGGAUGCAUUGAAAAUGACUGUGUCAAAGCAAAACAUCCUUUAUCAAUAGAUAUCACAGGAUGAUGAGCAUCCGAAAAACCAUCUUAACCUGAGGUCAGUAAGGAAAUCGAUAUCCCAAAAUAAAAAAUCAAUAUUUUUUAAUCUGUACUAAUCUCAUCAAUGGAGUCUUAUAUUAUUUGUUGCCAUUACCAUAAUCAAAAUCACAAUGUGUUUUUACAAUGUCUUCCAUUGUGACUUCUAUCCUCUCCGAAAAAACAAACAGCAAAUCAUCGCUCUAGCUCAAGAGAGUGAUGGGGCUGAUGGUUCUGGUAGUUUGUUAGUUAGAGAAGGUCCAACUGCGGCAUCAUAGCUCGAGGACAUUUUUUCUCAUGAUGCUCUGUUGCAGCUGCUAUGUUCAUACCUGUCUUCUACUACCAUGUUUUAUUAUGUACACAUUCUGUAGGUAUCUAUGAUGUGGCAGUUAUUCUCGUCCCUAACUAACACCUUCUGUACUGAAGAUUCAAAUCCUUUAUGGUUAAUUUUAUACUGGUCAAUUACUUGAAUGUAUAAUUGCUGCUUCUAAUUUUUUAUUAAUGAGGACCUUCUCAAGAAGUUUCAUUACCUGUUCUUGUGUCUUGCUAAGAAAUCCAUCAAUGACCAUACAUUUUUUGUUUUUAAUGGCUCAUUUUCUUCUUCUUUCCCCCCCCCCUUUUUUUUUUCUCCUGGCACUGGAAUAUAGUACAUUUUAUUCAGCACUUGACUUGAACUUUAUGAAGGCUCAAGUUGUAGAAUAAAAAAUCGGAGUUUGUUUUGUGGUUUUCGAAUUCCAAAAUUUACCAGUGCUUUCUUAAUCUAAUGUGUACAUCAUGAUAGAUUUCAACAUCAUCGAAUUCCAGCCUUCCGUUUUGCUGAUUGUUCGAUAAUCUCUUUCUUCCUGCUGAUACUUGUUUAGCUUAGAAAAAAAAUCUGUAUGAACUGGUGAGUUGGAUUAAGAGUCUUAACUACUGAAUUAAUUGUAAAUGUAUUAAUACUAUCGGUGAUUUUUUUUUAACUAAGUUGAUUUUUCACUGUCUUAGGAGCAAAAUAUUACAUUAGAUCUUGCAACAGGUAUCUGGCCUGGCGUAUGAUAAAAUGUUAUUCAUAUUUUUGAAGUUUUUUUUUUAAUUCACUCGUCCGGUUUUUUUUCCUUUUCCUUUAUUUUCCAAGAAAUAGGUAUUCUUAGAAGAGAUAAAUAUUUUCCGCAUAACUUUCAUAAUUUGACUGCUAAUUUAAGAUUUACUGGUUUAUCAAAUCAUGUGUUGUAAGUGUUAUCAAUCCUUUGUCGCAUGGUUUUUUUUUUACUUUUUUUGUUUUGUUAAGUUAGAGCUGCUUCUACCACCUCUGGUUAAAUCUGCUUAGUAAUUGAGAAGGGGUCAUCAGAAGUUCCGGAAGUCUGGAAAGUCAGGGAAUUUAUGGCAUCCUGGAAAAGUUGGGGGAUUCCUAGAGAAAGUAAGGGAAUUUUGUGAAAGGUCAGUAUAAUUAAAAGGAAAAAAUCCAAGUGGGAGUUUUGCUCAAAGGCCACAAAGAUUCAGGGAAUUCAAAAGUUUUGGAGUCGAGGAAAAGUAAAAAAAGUAGGGAUUCAAAGAAUGAAAGAAUUUUGAAAAUCCUGGGAUUAUCCUCCUUACAAAGAAUAAUCCUUCUCAUCACCAUUUGUCUGUCACAUUUAUCUUCCUUCUAAAUUUGUACUAUUUUUUUUUGAAUACCAAAAUCAAAUUGCCGUACAUAGGGGCGUAUGUCCUUUCGAACUGCCUUUUACUCCAUGCAAGAGUUAGUUGCAAAUUAGCUUCGCAAGAUGUUGCGAUAUGUCACUAACAAUUUUUGAGAGGAACAUGAGGAAAAGAAGUAAUGCGCCCUCCAAUGUUGCGCAAUCUGAGACGAGGAUUUUAAAUAAACCUCUAGUUAAUGCAUUUGCGGAGCAUGUGUCAGAUACUUUCCAAUAUUUCCUUUUGUAAAACAAAGCUUAAUCAGAAGUUCGAAGAAACAAGUUGUUGUAGAAUAUAACUUUUUGUCUGACCUAACUAACAAACGGUUUAACCAGAGGUGUUUGAACUCGGUUUUAGUUUGUCCUUCAACAGCAGCAUUGAAUGCGGUGUUGAUCCUCAGUUUACUACAUGAUGUGAUCGCUACUAUGUGUGAGUGUUACUAAUUCAUAAUGUUCCUGUUUCAUGCGGAAGUUGCACUAUUAUUAGUCCAAACCCAACGAAUUCACUACACUGAAUUUUCUGUUUGCUUGAGGACCCAUCGUUAGGCUUGGUGAUAAGCAAAUGUAGCAUAUUGAAAGCUUUAAUUAAGUUAUGGACCAAAUAAUCUUGAUAUUUUGCACCACUAAAGUUCCCAAUACCUAACAUUUUUUUAAUCAGAUGAGUAGUUGGCUGCAGGUCAGCAUUUAUUAAUUUUUCAAUCUGUUAGAACCAGGGAUUAUCACCCACUCACAGAAGUGAUCACACAUUUUUUGAAUCAUAACCAUGUACCCAUGUCCUAUUUGUAAUUGUUUAUUACAUUAUCUUUAAUUAAGAUUUAAGUUGUUGUUAAUCAAAUUUAAAUUUUCCUGUUAGUCUAGUCUCACUCUUGUUUAUGCUCACGAUGUGUUAACUUUAAUCUCUGUUUCCUGGAAAAGGAUGUCGGUUCAGUUAGAAUUUUUCAUGUAUUCAAUUAGGUACCUUGCAAUUUGCAUAAUACCAAACUGAAUUAACGAAUGUGCAUGGAAAAUUCUCCUAAUAUUUUAUGCAUUGUAAACUGUGUAUGCAGAAUGUACCCUGUUGCCAGAAGUUCAAUGUUGAUGCUUGCUACUUUAAUUUAAACCACCCUGUUACUAAAGUUGAAAGCAUUAUGCAGUCGUUAAAGUUCAUGUGUCAAGAAUUUGGAGAGAAAAUCGACUUUAAUAUUUUAACCAUUGUUUGUUGUCCUCAUUUUUGUCUUCUGUGAUGUAGAGUUAUUCAAGGUUAAAAUACUGCAAGAGUGUGAUCCAUGGUCAAAAUAAGAUUUUUUUUCUUCCAUGAAAUCUUUUCUGAAAGUGCUUCGAAUUCAGUGCAUCAAAUUAUGGUUGCAUAACAAUUUUUAUGAGAUUCUGCGCAUUAAAAAAGUACUUUAGGAAGACAUUUCACAGGAGAAAAAAGUCGCAUUUGAACCCAUGGGAUACGCAUCCCAGUCUGCAGUCUGGUGGGUUAACCUUGAAUUACCCUGUAAUUUGUUUUUUGUUACUGCUUACGAUUUACUGAAGAGAUCAGAAGAAAAGGAUAGAGAGCAUUGACUCUAAAAAUCAGUAAAUCCAGUACUGCUAAUUUUGAAGUUGAUUUUUUUUUCAUUGGAAAUCAUUUCUCAUCCAAAUGUAGGAAAGAAGUAUCAGUCAGUGAUCAAAUCUCAUUUUUUGCCACAAGUAUGCCAUUUUCUAUUUACAGUAAUCAUUUAAUUCUCAUGUAAUUGCUUCAGCAUCAGUAAAUUUAGUGAAUCAGAAUCGAUACAAUGUACACGGAAGAGAAUAAUUUCCUCGUUGGUGCAAGUGUUAUUUUUAACCUUUGAAAACUUGGAACUUAUUGUCUUCUAUCUUCCUUACUUAACUUGUUGACUGCCUCGGAUUUUAGUAGAAAUCACGGUGACUUAGUGCUUAAAAACAAUGCACAGGAGAAUUUCCUUACCGCAGGGACACAAUAGCAUGCUUUCUAGAAUAAUAACAUGUAGUAAAUUUUAGAUCGACCAGUAGCCUGCCAAUGGUGCUUUGCAGGAAUUGAGAUCUUCGAAACAAGGCCGAUUAUACAUGCCAAUCCGUAUCGGAUGGCAGUCAACAGGUUAAAUCUUGUCACCUUUUUAUAAUCUAGUAGUGCUGAAAAGAAGUUUUUGGUCCAAGAUCAAUGCUUCUUAAAAUCUGUGUUGAAGUCUUCUUGCACAGACCACCAGGCACUUCAAUUGAGGAGUGAUUUUUGCAAGUUGGCCACAUUAUAUUUCGUAUGAAUGUAUGAAAUAGAAUCGAUAUUUUUCUAAGCAGGCUACCUCAUGCAGAAUCAAGCUUUUUAGAUGGGUUUAAGUAGGAGAAAAACAAAUAUCAACUUGUGACAAUCACCUUUGCCUUGACUUCAAUGGAUAAACUGGUAGGCAGUCUUUUGGACCACUAAGCCUACCUUUUGAACAUGUCGCCAAGCUGGAGGCAGUAAUGACAGAAAAAUGAACUGGUGAUAACUGUAUGACUCAUUUAUUUACUCACUUACCAUCCAUUAACUAAUUAGUUUAAUUUUAGCAGGUGAUUUUUAUACUUUGAAAACUAAAGUAAAUUUAGGUGACUCCAGUGCUGCUUUGUAUUUUUAUUUUAUUGAGAAAAAACUUGAUUUUUCUUGCAAAUUAGCUUAUGAGGUGGAUUUACAUCAGAAGUAAACUAACAUGUUGAUACUAAACAAAUUUUGCUAUAAUUUUGUCAUCAUUUUCAAUGUUUAGCCUUAAAUGAUUUGAUUAAGUCUAUGAGUACAUUUAAGCUAUCUAUCCCCGAAAAAUGUUAAAUUUAAGUCAAUUUAUCUAAGCGCAAAAUACUGUGUUCCAAUAUUUUAGUCAAACAGGAAAUGGCGCUUUUGAAUGAUAACUAUUCCAAUGUUGAAAUUUUGAACAUCUACAGCUAAAGUAUGCCUUUAGCUUCAAUCAAUUGUUUCUCACUGUCCAUCAAAUCAUACUUUUUUUGCAAAAUUUGCUCAACAUCUCAAUGGUUAGUUAUUUUUGGGAUUGAUGUACCGGAAUACAGAUUUUAAUCUAUGUUUCCUACUUAUGCUUAUUGUAGGAAGUAAAUUCUGAGGACUCUUCGUGUCUCUCUCCAAUGAAGACCAAGAAUUGAUUUUUGAUACUUUUUUCUAGAUUUCACUAAUUUACCUAACCUCUCUAACUAGAUUGUAUAGUCACUGAUAUUAAUCUUACUAUCGAGCAAUCAUUUAAGACUGGUCGUUGGUAAAUAACUCAUAAUUUUUCUCGAACUCGUUGUUUAUCUCUAGAAGAAAAUUUUACCUUAAGAAUCAACUAGCUCCUAUAGUAGCUUAGGAAAUUGAAUUUUCAUUUUUCCCCCAAUGUUUGAAAGAGAAUGGUGUCAUCCACCCCAUUUUUUUGCAUCUCUCUCAAAUCUGUUCUUAUGUUAUGGCAGCCUAACAAAAUGCAAUUUUUGAUGGUCUUUUUUUCUAUUCUAGGCUUCUUUCAGCAAAUUUAAGAAUGUCCUUCAAUUUUAUCAGACUAAUAUUUUGAACUGGACAGUUCUCUCCUGAUCAGGAAAUGUUUAGCAACAAGAUAUUUCCAACAUGAGAAAAUAUUUUAUCUCAUUUUUAAUUGUCUGUUGUCCAGCCAAGUUUGAAGAGUUUUUCCAAAAGAAAUCAGAAUCCCAAAUUUGCACCCAGAUUUGGAAAUGUAGGUAUUUUUAUUCCUAACGAAUUUGAUUUAACUAAGCUCCCAAACGUAACCACUCAAUUUAGCUUCCACCUGUAUAUAGACCACUAUUAUUGUUAGUUCAUGUCGUCUAAUUAUUACAGUUAUUGUAUUAUUUUGUUACUUGUAAAUUAUUUAUUCAAUCAUGUGUCAAAUAAACACUGUUGGAACAUUUUAA